AUGAGCUCUGCAGGAACACCUGGUGAAUUAACGCAGAAAGAAGCGCUCGUAACGCAAAUACUAGAACUCCAAAAUACCCUUGAAGAUCUAAGCCAGCGAGUCGAGUCUGUUAGAGAUGAAAAUAUCCGACUCAGGUCAGAAAACGAAGUCUUGGGAAAAUACAUCGAACAGCUGAUGGCAGCCUCUCCCGUUUUUCAUUCUUCAACGUCGAAGUCAAAGAACUGA